AUGGGUUCCCGCUGUGCCAAGCUCAACACAGGCCACAGCCCAGGCCACAGCACAGGCCACAGCAUGGGCCAUGGCCGGGGCCACGAAUCCUCCAUGAAGAAGCUCAUGGCCUGUGUGAGUCAGGAUAACCUCUCCUUGUCAUCAGAGGGCGAGGAAGAGGAGGAAGAGGAGGAGGAGGGGGAAGAGGAGGAAGAGGAGGAGGAGGGGGAAGAGGAGGAGAAAGAGGAGCUGCCGGUGCAGGGCAAGCUGCUGCUGAUGGAGCGUGAGCGGCAGGAGGAGGGCCAGGACAAUGCCGAGGCCCAGCAGAACCCCGAGCCCAAGCAGACACACUCCUGA